GCGCACUGGGCCCCCGGCGCAGCCAGCGGUUCCCACCUCAGAGGCUCGGAAGAUGGCGGAGCGUGCCGGCACCGGCAGCAGCACAUCCCUGAGGGGACUCCGCGAACAGAUGGUUGCUGCCGCUCAUGCCAUGGCAGAAGAAAGACGGAAUCAGAGUGGUUUUAUUUCUUUGACUCAGUCCUCAACUAUAAAAUCAUCAUUUAAGCCAGUCAUAGAUGGCUCUGUUCUUAAAAGUGACACCAGACACAGAAUGGCGAAAGAACGCCGAGAAGAAAAGAAAAGACAACAAGAUGCCAACAAGGAAACACAACUCCUUGAAAAAGAACGAAAGUCUAGAAUCCACUAUGAAAAACAGAUGGAAGAAAAACAUCGAAAGCUGAAAGAACAGAAAGAAAAGGAUGAACAGCGGAGAAUAUCUGCAGAAGAAAAAAGGAAACAAAAAUUACAAGAAGAAAGGGAGAGAUUCAAAGCUGUUGUCUACCGUACACUGGAAAGGACCAACCGUGUUGAUAAUCGGCAAAAAAGAUGGUCAUGGGAAGGCUCUACUGCCGUGAACCCGGAGACUAAAAAUGCUAAUAAGCGUUCUGUGUCUACUGAAAAACUCGAACAAGAGAUUUCUGGUUUACACAAACAAAUGCCCGUGUCAUCGGCAAGUCCUCAGACUUCUGUUGCUAAGAAAAAACCAGAAAAGAGGAGUUCGUCUUUGAAUAGAAAAUCUAGCAACCUGCAGUCACCUACGGGAACAGAAAAACCUGGUGCUCAUCACCAGUAUACCAGUGUUCAGGAGAAUAACUUGAUCAGUCGCCUCCUCGUCCCAACCAAAGCAUCAAUUGCAAGGAGUAAAAGUGCUGCUUCAUUGUCGGUCCCUGGCAAAGAAACCUCAGGCAGUCAUGCUCCUGUCCUACGGUAUGUCACCACGCCCUUGCGUUGUCACAGCAGUGACGAAUUGAAGAACACCAUACUGCUUCGCAAGUCAGCAAUGGCUGUGCCUCCCCGGGAGAAAGUGGGAGCAGUCCCCAAGGCAGAGGGUGAAGCUGUCCCCAAGGCGGAGGUGGAAGGGCCCCCCAACACGGAGGUGGAAGGGUCCCCCAAGGCGACUGCGAGUGUGGAAGUGGCCUCCAACAUAAGUGUGGAAGUGGACCCCAACGCGAACGUGGAGACAGCCCCUGAGGUUAAUGAAGCAACACCCCAGGCAAGCAUGGAAGGGUCCCCUGAAGGGAACGUGGGCGCAUCACUUCAAGCAGGUGUGGAAGCACUCCCUGAGAGCGUGGAAUCAUCACCAGAAGUGAGUCUGGACACGUCUCUCGAAGGGAGUGUGGACCCAUCCCCUGAGGUGAGCAUGGAUUCAUCUCUCGAGAUGAGCACGGAUGUCUCCUCUGAUGUGAGCAUGCAGGUGUCAUCCGAAGCCAGUGAGCAGGCCUCUCCCAAGGCCAGUACGGCGGUGUCCCCCGAGGCUAGUGUGGAAGCGCUUCCCAGAGAGAGCGCUGCAGUGCCUGCCGAGGCAUCCCUGGAGGUGAGCGUGGAGAAACCAGAAAUGGACAAACAGGUCUCCAACUCUGGUACCAAGAAGCGCCCAUCAUCACACAUACCGUGUUAUAAAUGGCAAUCUUCUCCUAUAAGUGGGAGGCGCCCACCCUCUCCCGUCAGUGUUAGGCAGAUGCAGAAGAAUCGCCCCCCAUCACCUUCACCCAGCCUGACAAAGCAGUCACAGCCUUCUCUUUGUCAGAAAGGAAUUCCUGUUCAGCGUAACCUGCUUGCACAAAAUGUAUUGGAUACUCUUGGAAAGAAAAGAGAAGCAGUUUCAAAAACCACUAGCAGCUCUGAAGCUGUGAGCCAAAAGCAGAUGGUCAGUGAAGAGUCUGGCAGUAAAUGUGCACCAGGGAAUCUGAAUGCUGAGGAAGCAACAAAAAUUUUGGCAGAGAAACGGCGCCUUGCUCGUGAACAGAGAGAAAACCAAGAAAGACAACAAAAGGAGACAGAGGAAAGGAAACUGGCAGAAAUGGCAGACAAAGGAGUUGAAAUCCAAGGAGAAGAGUUCUUAAAACUUGAAGAUGGACAGAAAGAAAUCAAGAAGAAAAAGUGUCCAGAUCCAGAAGACCAGAAACUGCUAUUACAGAAGGGGGACACCAAACUAAAAGCUGAGAUGGAGGCUGACAAAUGGAAGAAGGAGCAGGAGAGAAUUAUGUUACAGAAUUUGCAAGAGAGGCUAGAGAGAAAAAAGCGGAUUGAAGAGAUUAUGCAGCGGACAAGAAGGACACAUCCCAGUACCUCACAGGCUGCAGAAACAUGCAGCGACCACACAGACGAAGCGGAUGAUGAAGACACCGAGACUGAGAGCGAUUCCUUCGAUGACUCGCACCCGUCAGCCUUUAUAAAUGGCAUGGAUUCAUCCACAAAAUUCAAAACACAUUUUAAAAACACGAAGAAGAACACUCCCAAGCUGGUGUUUUUAGAUGCCACUUCUGGCCAAGUCCAUAGAGAGACAAAAACAUUUUUUAAUGGCGACAUGAAAACCUUCAGACAAAAAAGUGCGAAAGAGCCUUUGACUCAGGCGAAGGGUACCAGACCAUCCAGUAGAAUAAGCAGCCGAGCAGCAAAACCCAGAAAGAUCCGUAACCUGGUGCGUUCCACAGAAAGCUCCAUCACCCACUCUGGACUUCAUUUGCUCGGCCCGUCUCCUCCAAUUUUUCAGCCUCUGAAUUGAUCAUGGCCAAGAAAAUGACCAUCAAAGAAAGAGAAAAACAUCAGUCAUCUUAACAACGUUAACACAUGUCUCAGAAGUCGCACAUACCAUCUGGAUUCUCACCCACACUAACGGAUCUGAGUAAAGACUUGGUUUUGUCUGUGGAAACCUCCACUGUCUUGUUCUUGUUUUGUAGCCGGUGUGUGUGUGCGCGCGCCACGGGGGCCUUUGUAAAGUGCUUACUCUGGGGUUUCUAAGUCAAGGAGUAAUUUUCUCUCUUAAAAUAUUUUAUGUUUAUUCUGUUUAACAGUUACAUUACUUUACUAAUUGGAAGCUGACAUUCGAUCUUGUGGAGGACAUACUGGGAGGUGUGAGGAACUCAGGAUUGCUCGUGAGAGCUUUGCUUGCAUUGUUUCUAAUAAAUGGGAGGUUGCCAAAUACAGUGAUAAGUCCCGUGUUAGCGUUACCGUAUGUUUUUAACUCUGCCAUCACCUGAAUGCAGUGUCCUCUUGGGACAGCUGAGCACUUUUCAUGCUCAUCAGUGUUACCUUUUGAAGUGCACGGUGGGGUGUAUUUCCAAAAACGGUUUCGAUCGUGCAUGCAGCCCUGUGUGGCGGUGGGCAGUGGGGCGCAGGUGCUCCCCUACUUGACUGUGGCGUUCCAUCCUCUUCUCCUCAUGCCCACCCGUCCUGCCUUCAGUCUGCACUCAGCCUGGGCAUGUGGGGCCAGACUUGCUUACUCUUCUCUAGCCGCUGGCUGCAGGUGAGCACAGGAGCAGUGCCAUUCUUUGGUUGCCGUGAUAGGCCCACACACGUGCACACGUAUACACAUACACGUUUGCACACACGUGCACAGUGGGAUAGCUUCCUGUGUGUCUGAACCAUCAGCUAAAACUUGAAUGCACAGUAGUUGCCCUACUGCUGCUGAGUUUUGUGCAAGUUUCAAGCAGGCCCGUGUUCCUUUCUAGCCUCUAGUCUUGGAUUAGUAAAAGGAGAGAAUUAUUCUUUCUGAUUCCUUAGUUCUUUGCUGUUCAGUGUACUACACCGGUGUUCCACAUUAGACCUUGGUGCCUUCGAUUUGAAAACUUUAUACACUAGCUCCUUCAUAAUGGAGGCAGAUACAAUCCUCCUAACAAAUGGGUUUCUGGCGUUUUUCUGCACAUGUGUCACAUGUUGGAAUGCGCCCUUACUCUGCUGUUUAUGUGUGCUCUGUGAAAUAAACUUUGCGAAUAAA